CACCUCUACAACAUGACCUCCCAAUUCACAUCCAACUCCCUCAUCGCCCUCCUCUGCGGCCUCCUAACCCUAAACAUCUACACCCUCCUCCCACUCUUCAUCUUCGUCCGCCCAUUCCGCGAUCUUCGCGUGUCGAUACUAUACGUCCUCGCUAUACAGGGCCUGAAAUCUCACUAGCCGUCAUCCGCCUAUUCUAUAUCGCUACGCGCCGCCCGUUCCAGCUCCGAUGCAGGAAGACUCUCGUCCUGAUGCUCCUGUAUGCGGUGUUUCCGGCCCCGAGGGUUGCUAUCUGGGUGCUUGAUACGAUUGUUCCGGCGAUUUGUGUAAGGA